GUGAAAGAGAGUGAGGGAGUGAUGGAGUGAGAAUGUGAGAGGGAGUGAGAGAGAGAGAGAGAGAGUGUGUGAGAGUGGUUUGUUGGAAGGUGGAAGGAGGAGAGGCGGUCAAUCUAAACCCGAUAACGAGCCAGCUGGUGGCAGUGCCGUUGUAGAAGGUUUUGCGGGAAGGUACUUUUCGCAGAAGAUUCUUCUCUCCUUUUUACCCGUUUUCUUCGUACAGUGUGUGCGUGCGUGCGUGUGUGCGUGUGUGUGUGGAUGGGUGGGUGAAUGAGUGCGGCUUGUAUAGUUGUGUAUUUUUUGUUUGUAUGGUGACAGUGAGUUGCGUGAGAGCGACAUACGUCGAGAAUAUAAGAGAGAGGAAGGUGUAUCAGGUGAAUCGGGAGAAUCUUUACAGUGCGCCUUUCAUUUUCUCUUCGUAUUUUAAGGGUGAGAGAGUCGAGUUGACGGAUCGAAGAAGCAAGAGAGAGAGAGAGAGAGAGAGAGAAAGAGAGGCGCAAAAAAGAAAGAAAAAAAGUAAAUAAAUAGAAACGAAAAGCAUGCCGUGAUCAGAAGAGAAGGUCGGUAUGUAUCCGGGACGAGAAGGUCGGCGGUUCACGUAGAGCACGCGCGACGAUUCCAACCGAAGACGAAGACGAGACGCAGAGUCGACAAGUAAUAGAAGAGGAAGAAGAACGACGACGACGACGACGACGACGCUGACGACGACGCUGACGACGACAAAGACGACGACGAAGAUAACAACGAGAAGAUUUACCUAAACCAAUCUCGCCAUGACUUUAAGACAGCUUUACGUGAAGGGCGGCAAAGUAUGGAUACCACAUCCCGAAAAGAUUUGGGAGGGUGCUGUCCUCUUAGAGGAUUACAAAGUAAAUCGGCCAACAUUAAAGGUACACACAGACGACUCGAAUCAAACGAAGACAUUACAAAUAGGAAGCGAUCAUGAUCUACCCCCAUUAAGGAAUCCGGAUAUUUUGAUGGGAGAAAAUAAUCUUACAUCUUUGUCGUUCCUUCACGAACCAGCUGUUCUUUAUAAUCUACAAAUACGUUUUCAAAGGCAUUGCAUUUACACGUAUUGCGGUAUCGUUUUAGUCGCUUUUAAUCCUUACAAUGAAUUGCCCAUAUAUGGAAAUGAUACGAUAUGGGCAUACAGAGGUCAAGCUAUGGGAGAUUUGGAACCUCACAUAUUCGCUGUGGCUGAGGAGGCUUAUACGAAAUUGGAAAGGGAAGGACAUGAUCAGUCCAUCAUCGUGUCCGGUGAAUCAGGUGCAGGUAAAACUGUGUCGGCAAAGUACACCAUGCGAUAUUUCGCUACUGUUGGCGGUUCCACGACGGAGACACAAAUCGAGAAGAAAGUAUUAGCCUCGUCACCAAUCAUGGAAGCGAUCGGCAAUGCGAAAACAACGAGGAACGAUAAUUCCUCGAGAUUUGGAAAAUUUAUUGAAAUACAAUUUAAUAAAACAUAUAAUAUCACUGGUGCCAGUAUGAGAACUUAUCUUUUGGAGAAGUCAAGAGUCGUCUUUCAGGCAAACGAAGAGAGGAAUUAUCAUGUGUUUUAUCAAAUGUGCUCGGCAGCGAAGCGUCUUCCACACUUACAUCUUGGAAACUCAAACGGGUUUCAUUACCUCAAUCAAGGAAACAAUCCUAGAAUCGAAGGAGUCGACGAUCUCUCGUGUUUCGACGAUACAAUUAGUGCUCUUACGAUGCUCGGUUUUACUUCUAAACAGCAAGACGAUAUGUUACGAAUAUUAUCAGCCAUAUUGCAUUUAGGAAACGUAAAUAUAAAUAGUUUUGAUGCACAGAGCAAUAAUGGAGAUAACGACACCGAAGCUAGUUUUAUUUCUCCAACCGAUAGACAUCUUUUGAUAAUCUCGGAAUUACUUGGUACGGACGUUAACGCUAUGCGAAAAUGGCUUUGCCAUAGGAAGAUCGUAUCUAUGAGGGAAGUCUUUUUAAAACCAAUGAAUGCGGAGCAAGCGAUAGGAGCUAGAGAUGCUUUGGCAAAGCACAUUUAUGCCGAGCUAUUCAAUUGGAUAGUGAAUGGUAUCAAUAGUUCCCUCCAGUCUCAAAACAAAGCUCAAUGUUUCAUUGGUGUGCUAGACAUUUAUGGAUUCGAAACAUUUGAGAUAAAUUCAUUUGAACAGUUUUGUAUAAAUUACGCGAAUGAAAAGUUACAACAACAAUUCAAUCAGCAUGUAUUUAAGCUUGAACAAGAAGAAUAUCUCAAGGAGGAGAUCGAAUGGACUUUCAUAGACUUUUAUGACAAUCAGCCGUGUAUCGAUCUAAUAGAAACGAGAUUGGGCAUAUUGGAUUUGCUAGACGAAGAAUGUCGGAUGCCAAAAGGAACGGAUAGCUCGUGGGCGGAUAAACUCUAUGCAAAAUGUAAAAAGUCGAAACAUUUCGAAAAGCCAAGAUUUGGUACUUCCGCUUUCUUGAUUCAUCAUUUUGCUGGCUUAGUUCAGUACGAAACAUUAGGUUUUCUUGAAAAGAACAGAGACACAGUGAUAGAGGAACAAGUAGAUGUGUUAAGGGCUGGUAGUUGUAAAUUAUUGAAGAAGUUGUUUUGUGAGGAGGAUCCAAAAUUGGUUGUACCUAACGUAAGAGUCAAAGUGUCCGCACAAAAACCAGUAAUAACUCCCAAGCAUAAUAAGAAAACGGUUGGCUCGCAAUUUCGAGAUUCUUUAAAUAUGUUAAUGUCGACGUUAAAUGCAACGACUCCUCAUUACGUUCGUUGUAUCAAGCCAAACGAUACAAAGGAAUCAUUCGAAUAUAAUCCUGUACGUGCUGUACAACAGUUAAGAGCUUGUGGUGUGCUCGAAACGAUUAGGAUUUCUGCUGCUGGUUUCCCGAGUCAGAGAACAUAUUCCGAAUUCUUUCAAAGAUACAGAUGCCUUUGUGUAUUCAAAGAAAUAAAUCGCGAUGAUCUCAAAGAGACAUGUUGUCGUAUAUUGUCUAGAUUUAUCAAGGAAGAGGAUAAAUUCAAGUUCGGGAAAACAAAAGUUUUGUUUCGUGCCGGACAAGUGGCUUAUCUCGAAAAGCUCAGAGCAGAAAAACAAAUGAAUGCUUGUAUAAUGAUUCAAAAAACUGUUCGAGGUUUAAUAUGUCGAAACAGGUAUGAAAAAAUCAGAAGGGCGAUUUUAGGUCUUCAAAAAUAUGGAAGAGGAUUUUUGGCAAGGCAAGAGGCUGAAAGGAUUAGACGUAAAAGAGCUGCCAUUAAAAUUCAAGCUAAUGUUAGAAGUUGGCUACAGAGACGACGGUAUCAGCAAAUUAGAUGCACAAUUAUUGGUAUUCAGAUAUAUGCUAGAGGUAAACUAGCGAGAGAAAGGUAUCGUUUGAUGAAGCAAAAUGCAGCUGUAACGACUAUUCAACGAUACAUAAGAGGAUAUCUAGUCAGAAGGGCAUGUGAAAAGAAAUUAAGGGAUAUCGUUAUAGUUCAGUCCUGUGUAAGAAGAUACUUGGCCAAAAAAGUGUUUAAAAGAUUGAAGGCUGAAGCUAGAAGUGUAGAACACGUGAAAUCUCUUAACAAGGGUCUAGAGAAAAAGAUUAUCACUUUGCAACAGAAAAUAAAUGAACUCGCAAAAGAAAAUCAACACUUGAAGAAUGUACAUAAUGAAGUAUUUGACUUAAAAAAUAAAUUGGAAGGACUUAAAUCCGUAGAAGUCGAGAACAAAAAGUUAAAUGUUAUUUUAUUGGAAAAAGAAAAAGAACUGGAAAAAAUGCAAAAUGUAUUAAGGCAAGAGAGAGAUGAAAAAAUGGAUAUUUUGCAGGAUAAAGAGAAAAUCAGUCAGGAGAAAGGACAGGAGAACAAGAAACUCCUCGAGGAAAAUGAAAAAUUGCGAAAAGAACUUUCUGUGGCAAAUGAUAAGUUGAAGAGUAAUUUACGUGGUGCCGAAGAAAAUCUUAAACAUCGUUUGGAACAGGAGAAGGAUCUGCUUUUGUUGGAUCAGGAUCAGGAUCGUGGUGCUUAUCAGAAAUUGUUGAAAGAAUUCCACGAAUUGGAGCAACAUGCCGAGAUGUUGGAACAAAAACUUGCUCUCCACGUACCAGGACAUUCUCGUUCUUUGAGUAAUGCCUCUAGUAACAGCGGACAAGUAGUUUCAACGGAAUUACCGCAGGAUGACCAAAACAUUGAUUUCGGUUAUGGAUCCGUUCGUUCAACAACAUCGUCGUCGACGCCAUAUUCACGCGUAGAAACGACCGAUUGGAAUCAACUACGUUCAAAUACCCCACCUGAUGGUGAAGUACAAUCAAAUAAAUCACCUUCAGAAACGGCAAAUGAACGAACCCAUGCACCCGUGGAUAUUAAUUUGGUAUUGAAACUUCAACAAAAACUGAAGGACGUUGAAAAGGAGAAUGGACGAUUAAUUAGAAUGGUAGAAGAUUUAGAACGUGACAGUCCCGAAGAAGCAUCGCGAACGCAAGAUACUUUUAGGCUUCAAGAAUUAGAAAUGGAGAAUGCACAGCUUAAAAAGGAUUUGGGCUCAUUAAGGAAAAUUGUAUCGACUGCAGACUCAACAGCUGCACAGCAGCAUCUUAUAGGACAAUUUGAAGCUCUUCAGGAAGAAUUGGAAAGGAGAAGAGAAGAAUGCAUACAGUUGCAUAGUGUGUUGGCCGAUCAUACUCGAAGAAUGAAGAGCCUUGGUUCAAACUAUGGUCGAGAUGUUGACAUUGUUAACGAAGAUGGUGAAUUAGUCCUUGCCUUCGAAGCACAGAAGAAGAUAAAUAGGCAACUAGAAGAUGAAUUGCAAGCAAAAGAAAAAGGUUGGAGGAUUCAAAGGGAUGAAUGGAGAGCAGAGAUCGACAGAUUACAGGAAGAAAUCGAAAAGCAACAGAAAUUAUUAUCCGUCAAUCUAAGUAAAUCGCCCCAAACACAAACCGAAGCUUACAUGCAAUAUGAAAUUACAAGAUUGACCUCUGAAAAUUUGGAUCUUCAAGAGAAAUACGAUAAGAUAGCAGAAGAAUGCAGAAAGUUUAAGAAACAAUGUAAAAUUCUUGCGAAACGUCUCAAAGAUGCAGGCUUACCAGACAGUAUAGAAUCUGCUAAUGACCCCAGUACUGUAACAACGACCAGCCAUUCGUCCAGCGACAACGGAAGCAUUAUGCCAGCCAUUCGUAAGAAAGAAAGAGAUUACGAAGGAAUGUUUGAAUUUAGAAAAGAAGAUAUUGGUGUGGUAAUAAGACAUUUAGUUAUUGAUUUAAAACCAAGAAUAGCAGUGACUUUACUACCUGGGCUCCCAGCAUAUAUAAUAUUUAUGUGUAUAAGACACACCGAUUGCAUCAACGAUGACGAUAAAGUUCGAUCGUUGUUAACCGCGUAUUUGAAUGGUGUUAAACGCAUUGUUAAGAAACGAGAAGAUUUUGAAUACAGCGUAUUAUGGCUAAGCAAUACAUUACGAUUAUUACAUAAUAUGAAGCAGUAUUCUGGCGACAAACCUUUCCAAUUGGAAAAUACAAUUAGACAAAAUGAUCAGUGCUUACGGAAUUUCGAUUUAAGCGAAUAUCGAAUUGUCUUGAGCAAUGUUAGUCUAUGGAUUUUUAAUAAUAUCGUGACGACUUUGAAGGAGCGAAUUCAAGCUUUUACGGUACCGGCGCUUUUGGAGCACGAGGCGAUCUCCGGCUUGAAUUCCAACAAGCCAGGUCGACCCCGUUCGUCGUCCAUGGGCGAGGAGCCGGAUUCUACCCAGCAAAAGCUUGACAAGCUCCUAGACGAACUCAGUUCAGUGCACAAAACUCUUCUUUAUCAUGGUGUUGAUCCCGAAAUUAUUAUGCAAUUAUUUAAACAACUCUUCUAUUUUAUGUGCGCAAGUGCGUUAAAUAAUUUAUUACUGAGAAAUGAGCUUUGUCAUUGGACCAAAGGAAUGCAAAUAAGGUACAAUUUGAGUCACUUGGAACAGUGGGGUAGGGAUAAACGAGUAGGAGCUGCUGCUGAAGCACUUCAACCUAUCAUCCAAGCGGCACAACUUCUUCAGGCACGAAAAACAGAUGAUGAUGUGAAUUCCGUUUGCGAGAUGUGCAAUAAACUUACGGCUAAUCAAAUAGUGAAAAUAUUAAAUCUAUAUACACCGGCAGAUGACUUCGAGACACGAGUACCGGUAUCUUUUAUAAAGAAAAUAGAGGCCAAAUUGGCCAAACGUGGUGAGAACAACGAACAGCUUUUAAUGGACUUAAAGUAUACCUAUCCAAUAAGAUUUCCAUUCAAUCCGUCGAACAUUCGGUUGGAGGACAUCGAAGUUCCAGAGGUGCUUCAUCUACCAAUGCUCAAGAAGAUCUAAUUAUUGGCAAUAUAAUUCUAGAGAGUGGUCUCCUCUUACUGCUCUUCUGGCUUUUAGUUGAUUAUCGUUGUACAAGAAGCUACAUUCGCUAUUAUUUUAUUUAUUAAAACAAUCUAGUGAUCCCGAUACUCUAGUUACGUUAUAGAACGCAUGGAAUGAGUUAUCGAUAUAACAUUUUAUAAUAUAUACAUUUUUUUUUUACUACGUAAUUUAUAUUCUACGAAAUAUAAUUCUCUAAUUCUCAAGUCGCGUCCGAAUUAAAAAAAAAAAAAAAACAUAAAAAAGAAAUAA